CAAAUUUUAAUAAAUUUUCACAAUUCAAAGGGUCGCAGAAUAACAGCGCAGUUUCCUCCUCAAGUGGUGUUUAGGCGACGAAUCUUUGUUCCUGUUUUGCGGGCGUCGUUCUCCGUUCCGUGUGCCGUAAAAGGCAAUCUUCCUGCCGUCCGUCGUGUGGUGCGUACGUAAGAAAAGAAACGGUGGCGGCGUCGGUGCAGUGCCCCGAAAAGGAGGACACUCGCGACGCAUUUCGAGGAUUCUUGGCUGCACGAAAACCUCCGUUUGUGGCCGAAAAUCGCUGCCUGCUACGUCCGACAACGGCCAGCAGCCCCCGUGCAUUGCCCGUCGUUUGUGGUGUUGCGCAUUUGUUUGUGUUGCCACGGUCGCAGCAAACAGGAAAUGUCGCUCCGCUUGUUAUUCGCCCAACGAACUCAUAAACUAGUGACCGCGACGGGUUAGAAAUCGGCAGAAAAGGAAAACGCAAAUCCCACCCGACGUGGACAGGAUGAUCGGGACGGUCACGGUGGAGGCGCACUAUUCGGCGACCUACGUCGAAAAUUACCUGGAUGCGGUGGAAAACCUCCCGGACGAUGUGCAACGCCAUCUGUCGCGCAUCCGCGAGCUGGACGUCCUGUACCGAAGCCACCUGCGGGACGUUCAUCAGUACUACGAGCAGUGGACGCUCAAUCAGCCCCAGAACGGAACGGCAGCGGCCGCGGCACUAAACUCGACUGCUUCCACCAAUGGUCCGGGCCCGGAUGCGACGUCGACUCACCCCGAACCGUCUUCCGGACCAUCGUCGUCGUCAUCCUCUUCGUCUGGUUCAACCGAGCAGAGCAACGUUCUGCGGCGCGCGAUUGCACGCAUCCAGCAAAGUUUGAUUGCGGCGCAGGAACUGGGCGACGAGAAGCUGCAGAUCGUCCAGCAGCUGCAGGACUUGAUCGACCACAAAACGCGCCAACUGGACCAGGAUUACCUGCACCUGGGGAAGGACUUUUUCGCCUCGAUCCGCGAACAAUCGCGGGACGAAAGCAACCGUCUCAUCGAUGGCAUCGUAUCGGAUCGCUACCAGGGUGCCGGAACGGGUGGCGUCGGUGUGAACAACGGCCCGGGACAGUACGGGGCACCGGGCAACGGUUCCGGCCACGGCGGACCGGGAAAUGGCAACGGAGGUGCAGGACUCGUUGGCUCAAACACGCACCUACUGCAGCACACCAGCAACGGUACGGCGCUCGGUGGUGCAGUUGGUGGCCACCAGGGCGGUGGUAAUGGGGGCGCCUCCGGGAUGUACAGUGGAAACAACGGUGGUGGUGGAGGUGGGUUGAUGGGUAACGAGCGUAGCUCGAAACGUGCGCGAAGGACACGCAACGAGCAAAGUGGUGCCGCGAAUGGUGCGGGCUCCAACACCCCCAAUUCUGCGUGUGGGGCCAGCCCAAUGGAUAUCGAUUCUUCAAUCGAUAGUGUCGGUGGUCUUCCCGGUCCGGGAGUGUUAGGUGGCCUCGGUGGCACUGGUGAGUCGAUCGGUAUGGCGCUGUCUGGAGCUGGCGGAAACGGUAGCAAACAGGACGUGGUCAGUGGCUCACUAGGUGCUGUGGGAGGUAGCAACAGCGCUAGCGGCAACAACGGUAGCGGUGGCAAUGGAACUAUGAACGGCGGAAACGGGAGCGGCGGUGCGAGUGGUGCAGGAAGUGGUGGCCAUAAUAGUAACGUAAGCGGACUGUCCGGCCGAGAUGGACAGGGUGGUGGCAACAGCACGGCAAUCGGCAGUGGAGGAGGCAAGGGAGCUACCGGCAGUAACGGGGGCAAUGGCCAGAACAGCACCAGCAACAAUAACAGCGGAGGCAACGGUGUCAGUGGCAGUGGUGGCGCUACCGCCGGUGGUGGAACGGGUUCCCAGUCGAGCGGUUCGAAUCAGGGUGGCGGUGGCAAGAAGGGCAACAGCGGCGGUGGCGGCAACGCUGGUGGCGGUGGUGGAGGCGCUGGUGGCAGUGGCAGCGGAACCGGCGCUGCAACCUCGGGCAAGAAGAAGAAGCGAAAGGCGGCCGGCAGUGGCCGGGGCUCACAGGCGGCGCGGGAAGCGCGCGAAGAAACACCGGCCGCCGAAGAAACGGUCGAUCCAGAUGAACCCACGUACUGCCUGUGCGAUCAGAUUUCAUUCGGAGAAAUGAUCCUCUGUGAUAACGAUCUAUGCCCGAUCGAGUGGUUCCACUUCAGCUGCGUGUCGCUCAUAUCGAAACCGAAGGGCCGCUGGUUCUGUCCGAAGUGUCGCGGAGACCGGCCGAACGUGAUGAAACCGAAGGCGCAGUUCCUGAAGGAACUGGAACGGUACAAUAAGGAAAAGGAGGAGAAAACAUAGAGCGCAGUUUGGUCUUCUUGGAGCAAGAAUAGCGAGAGCGAGGAAUAGAGAGACAGAGAUUGGCAGAAAGAGAGGGGAAGUGGCCAAGUGGACGUUGAAAUAGCAGAUAUUAAGGAUGUAGGACUAAGAGGCCGCCAAUAAUUUUUGAGAAGUUUAACUGUUAUGUCUGAUUCCAGCUCCACUGACUCUGCAUUUCUGUCAUUCACACGCCGUCCUCCGGUACGCGCCCCAUCAUCGUUCUCAGUUACAGAGGAACUACGUUUUUUAUUGUUUGCUUUCUAGUUUUACUUAUUUUAUCAUACAACACUGACUCAUUAAUUUUUUGGACAUCGAAGGAGAGUGUGCCUCCAAUAAGCCCCCAUCAGCAACCACCAGUCUUAGCGCUACCCCUAGUACCCGCCGGCAUCCGUCUAUCCGUUUACACACAACUGUUCCGUUACGUAUUGGUAGCGAAAAGAUGACGAGAUACAAAUGAUUGAUUAAAAUGAAAACAACAACAUAUUAUAUUUAUGACACGAAAACAAACAAAUCAACACUUUAAGAUGCUCGAAGAGGAUAAUAAACGAAGAUAUAAAAGAAAUAAUAAAUCUUUUUU